CUCAUGUAGAGGAACAGUUAGAGGGAGAAGUGUGUAUGUGUGGGGGGGCCAAAAAAGUGGGAGGAGAGAGUAACAGAGGAAGAGAAAAUCUUUGUCCUGCUGUCAGAGUGGACUUCUGAGAUCGCAUGCAGUAGGGUGAUGGCUGAGUGUGUGCGAGCAUGCAGUGUGUCAGGGAGACCUGAGGGCCCAUACCGAGCGGUGCAGUGUGUGAAGCGUCUGGUACAACAGGAGUUUGAGGGUGUGGACACGCUGGAUAAACUGUUCCGUUACGCAGUGGACAGAUUCACACACUUGCCCUGUGUAGGGAGCAGGGAAGUCAUCUCAUGUGAUAAUGAGACACAACCUGAUGGCAAAGUCUUCCAAAAGUUGGUCCUGGGUCAGUAUAAGUGGAAGUCAUACGAGGAAGUGGAUAAUCAAGUGAACUUCCUGGGCAAAGGCCUGUAUGCUUUGGGUCAAAGGUCACAAAGCUCUAUCGCCAUCUUCUGUGAGACAAGAGAGGAGUGGAUGAUUACAGCACAGGCCUGCUUCAGAUUCAACUAUCCCUUGGUGACCCUCUAUGCCACACUAGGUGAAGAUGGAGUAACAUUUGGGUUGAAUCAGUGUGGAGCCACACACCUCAUCACUAGCAAGGAGCUGCUAGAAACCAAGCUGAAAGUGGUGUUGCCGGAUAUUGUGGGUCUGAAGCAUGUGAUCUACGUGGGCAGUGGUAGUGUAUCUGUAGAAGAUUACCCACAAUCCCUCAGCAUCCACAGUUUACAGGAAGUGAUAGAGCUAGGGGAAAAACCUGAGAACUUGAACGUGCAGUUUGUUGCUCCCUCUCCGUCCGAUCUGGCUGUAGUGAUGUACACUAGCGGCUCAACGGGUCGUCCUAAAGGAGUGAUGAUGCACCACAGUAACCUCAUCGCUGGAAUGGCUGGUCAAUGCCAAAGAAUUCCGGGUCUCGGGCCUGAGGAUGCAUAUAUUGGUUAUCUUCCAUUGGCUCAUGUUCUGGAGCUCACAGCCGAAAUGUCCUGUCUGAGUCACGGCUGUCGGAUCGGAUACUCAUCACCACACACACUCUCAGACCAGUCAAGUAAAGUAAAGCGAGGCUGUAAGGGAGACUGCACCGUGCUCAAACCCACUCUGAUUGCUGCUGUGCCAGAGAUUAUGGACCGUAUCUAUAAGAAUGUGAUGAACAAGGUAGCAGAGAUGAGCACAUUUCAGAGGGUGCUGUUCAAUAUGGCCUACAAAUACAAAAUCCAGCAGCUGGAACAUGGAGCAGACACACCUAUAUGUAACAUGUUGGUGUUUAAGCGUGUAUCAAUGUUACUAGGAGGGUGUGUGAGGUUGAUGCUCAGUGGUGGAGCUCCUCUCUCUCCUGACACACACUGUUUCAUCAAAGCGUGUUUCUGCCCUGUUGGUAUUGGUUAUGGCCUCACUGAGACUUGUGGGGCUGCAACCAUCUCAGAGUUUUCUGAUUAUACAACAAGACGAGUCGGGGCACCUCUCAUCUGUUCUGAACUCAAACUACGAGACUGGCCUGAGGGAGGAUACACCUGUCAGGAUAAGCCACACCCCCGAGGAGAGAUUCUGAUAGGUGGGCCGAACGUUGCCAUGGGUUACUAUGGGAGUGAGGAUGAGGUGGAGAGCGGGGAAUUUUGGGUGGAUGAGGAUGGGCAGCACUGGUUCUGUACAGGUGAUGUAGGGGAGAUACAUCCUGAUGGCUGCCUGCAGAUCAUAGACCGUAAGAAGGACUUGGUAAAGCUCCAGGCAGGUGAAUAUGUAUCUCUGGCAAAGGUGGAGGCGGCACUGAAGAACUGCCCUCUAAUCGACAACAUCUGUGUCUACGCUAACAGCAAUCAGAACUACAUCAUCGGCUUUGUGGUGCCCAAUCAGAAGCAGCUAACUGCAGUGGCAAAUCAAAAUGGGAUUAAGGGCAAGUGGGAGGAGAUUUGCACUCAUGCCACACUGGAACAGGAAGUCCUAAAAGCUAUUAAAGAGGCUGCAACAAUGAAUAAGCUGCAGAGGUUCGAGGUUCCCAUGAAGGUUUGUCUCAGUUCUCAGGUCUGGACUCCAGAGACAGGACUCGUUACUGAUGCCUUUAAGCUGAAGCGAAAAGAAUUACAGACACAUUACAAACAUGACAUUGAGAGGAUGUACGGAGCCAAAUAACACACACAUAUACACACACACACACACACACACACACACACACACACACUUAAUCAGAGAUGAUGUUGUAAAUCCUGUUGGAUUCCUGAACAACAUUAUUAAGGUUCUAGAUGGGAGCUGAAGUAAACUCCAGUGUUUAUCAACACAAACAGGGAGAAUCUGUUUUUAAUAAAACUUUUUCACAUAAAAACAUUGAAAUGAAGAAAAGUCACAAUAUAUUUGUUCUUCUGGAGUGAGGGAUGUGUCUGUGGUACCAUAUUUAUUCUUCCUCUGAGUGACAUUUCAGGGUUUAGGGGAUAGUUUUAUUUUGCUACAUGAGUAUAUUUAUAUUUAUAUAAAGAUAUUGGUGUUUGUGUGUAGUGAGGGCUUUGGGCAGGAGAGUGUGUGUGUGUGUGUGUGUGUGUGUGUGUGUGUGUGAAACUCCUUGUUCUGGACCAACUGGAGACAGCAAGUAUGAAAUAAUGAGCUUUAUCUGCUUCAACUGUUUCAUUCAACCCAAAUGCACAAAAAUGUCAGUGAGCUUUAAAGAUGUGUUUAAAUGGUUAAAUAAAAUUCUUCAGUUUUAGAUGUCUGUCCAGUUUCUGUCACUGUGUUAGAUGAACCUUCCAUAGAUCAGUUAGCACAGCUGGAUGAGCUCGUCCUGAUGUUAGCUCUAUUAUGGUUUUAUAGACUGUGUAUGUUUUUAAUGGAUCAUAUGAUUAUUUUGAUGUGUUUUUUUUAAUGAUGUGUAAACUGGGUCUUGUUUCAGUUUGCCUUGUUUUAAAAAUGUGCACUUUUGUUUAACAGUGAUUUUUAUAAAUAAUAAAGACCAAAGAUUUUGCCACAAA